UAAUGCAGUAGUUCUCCCAUGGAUUAGUAGCACAGUAGCAAGCAAUUUGAUGACUGUGAUAGUGUAUGCAUCUAAUGCUAAACGUGUAUGAGAAGAUUUCAAGAAAAGAUUCGACAAGUCAAAUCUCACUAGGAUCUAUCAACUUUGGACAGAAGUAGCCACAUUGAAGCAAGGUACAUAUUUAGUGACAAGUUAUUAUUCGAAAUUGAGGGAUAUUUGGGAUGAGUUUGAUGUAUUAGUACCUUCUCAUUCAUGUAAAUGUGAUGAGGCUAAGCCUUAUAUUGAACAUUUGCAUCAACAAAGGUUGAUGAUGUUCCUAAUGGGAUUAAACGAGUCUUUCAGCCAUGUGAGAAGUGAUUUGUUGCUGAAAACUGAGGUACCUAGUAUCAACCAAGCUUAUGCAACUGUAGUUCAGGAAGAAAGCCAAAGGCUAUUGGGAGUAAUUGAUUCAAACAAGGAACCACUCACCAUGAUGGCAGGAAGAGGACAAGGAUUCAAAGGAAAAAAGUCAUUGCCAGGUAAUGCUCCAUGUGAGAUUUGUGGUUACAAAAACCAUGUGAUAGAAAAGUGUUACAGGCUAGUAGGAUACCCUCCUGACUUCAAGAGCAAGAGAAGGCAGUCAGGAUCAAGUGGAUCCUAUCAGAACAACAUUGAUGCUUCCAAAUCAACUGGUUCUUACAACAACAAUGGCAAUUUCAAGCCUUAUGCUAACAAUACUUCUACAGAUAGACACAAGCAGGACUGUGAGUUUACAGAGGAAGAGCAUAAUCAAGUGAGGAACCUGCUACAAAACAAGGAAUCAAAUGACUGCAGGGCAAAUCUAACAGGAACUCUACAGUGGCAAGGUGAUUAGGAUUGGUAGGGAGAUCAAUGGCUUAUACUUACUACAAAGUGCAGUUAGAACAGCAAUUAAUAAAGUGACAGCAUCAACAAAGGAUACAAGUCUGACUGAGCUAUGGUACUACAGACUUGGGCAUCCAUCUGUUAAGACCAUGGAACAAAUACCCUAUCUCAUGAAGAAUCUCAACAUCACAACACAUAAAGGCUGUCAAGUAUGUCCAGUUGCAAAACAAAGUAGAUUGAGUUUCCCUACUAGCACUUCUAAAUCAUCUCAUAUUUUCCAACUUAUACAUGUUGAUGUUUGGGGACCUUACAAAGUUCCCACCUAUGAUAGGAAGCAAUAUUUUGUGACAAUAGUUGAAGACUUCAGCAGAUUUACUCUGAUUCAACAUAAAACAGAUAUGCACGUUGUAUUGAAAGACUUCCUGCUUCUAGUUAAUACACAGUUUGGUGUCAAAGUACAAAUUGUGAGAACUGAUAAUGGGACUGAGUUCUUUAACUCUAAAUGCAAUUUUCUAUUUUCUUUUCUUGGAGUAGUUCAUCAAAGUUCUUGUGCUUAUACUCCCUAACAAAACAGUGUUGUAGAAAGAAAGCAUAGGCAUAUAUUAAAUGUGGCUAGAGCAUUGAGAUUUCAUAGUGGAGUGCCUAUCAGAUUUUGGGGCAACUGUGUUAAGACUGCAACCUAUCUCAUCAAUAGAGUGCCUUCUGCUGUUUUAUAAGGAAAAUCACCAUAUGAAGUUCUAUAUAAUAAGGAGCCUAAAAUAGAGCAUGUCAGGGUGUUUGGUUGUUUAUGUUUUGUUUCAGUAUUGCCAAGGCAGAAUAAGUUUGCUCCAAGGGCAAAAAGAUCAGUAUUCAUGGGAUACUCAGAGACACAAAAGGGAUAUAAGGUUAUGGAUUUGGAAACUCAUGUCAUUUCUGUGAGCAGUGAUGUUACUUUCAUGGAGACUACAUUCCCUUUCAAGGAUACAAGCACAACAACAUUAUCAUCUUCUGAUUAUCAUGAUACUAUGCAGCUAGACAUGUUUGAUUAUGUGGAUCCUGUUGAGAACCUUGCCAGUCCUGUUAAUUCAGAAGUUGUUGAGGAUUUAGUCAAUCCUAUAGAGCCAGAAGCUGAGUCUGACCCUAUCACCACUAUACUCCCAGCUACAGAUCUUGAGAGUGUUCCAUUUAAGUCAUAACCUGAUGUUGUCACAAUUGAAACUGAACCUCCACCAGCCAGAAGGACUACAAGAGCUUCCAAGCCUCCUCUUUGGCAUAAAGACUAUUUAGUCCCAACUAAAUCUAACAUGACUUGCUUAUAUCCUAUUUCUAAUAGUUUGUCAUAUGAUCAUUUGACACCCUCCUAUCACAGCUAUAUAAAGGCAUUCUUGGUUAUUGUAGAGCCUACAAAUUUCAAGGAAGCCUCCAAACAUCCAGAAUGGAUAGAUGCAAUACAAUUUGAAGUGUCUGCUUUAGAGCAGAACAAUACAUGGACAGUUGUAGAUUUGCCGUUUGGUAAACAUCCCAUUGGUUCAAAAUGGGUGUAUAAGGUAACGCUUAGGGCCAAUGGAGUGGUGGAGAGGUACAAAGCUAGGUUGGUUGCAAAGGGGUACAGCCAGCAGGAAGAGCUUGAUUAUCAUGAAACCUUCUCUCCAGUGGCCAAGAUUGUCACUGUGAGAACUGUGAUUAGUAUAGCAGCAUCACAUAAUUGGCCUUUAUUCCAAAUGGAUGUUCACAAUACUUUCCUUCGAGGUGAUCUUACUGAAGAUGUUUACAUGGAAUUGCCUCAAGGUAUCAGAGGCAGGAGGAGAACAAAGUCUGUAAACUAUUGAAGUCUCUU